AUGGGUUCGGCAAUUUCUUCUUGUAUUCAAUCCCUGCCUCCUCUGGGAGAUUUUCUGCGCCCCACGCUGGACGCAUAUCUGGUCUCGCUCAAUAUCUUCCAAUACUUCCCCCUGGUCUCUCUCAUCCAAUGGUGCACGGCCUUCCAUCCAGCGGGCAAAACCUCGUUGAAGAACUCGUACCUCAACUUCCCCGGCCGUCUCGGCUGGUUCAUCAUGGAGAUCGUCGGUCCUGUCAAUCUGCUCUACAUUCUCUGGACGCUGCCUCCAAGCUUGAACAUCGCUUCCCUCCCGCUGCCUAACAAGCUGGCUGCCUCGCUCUAUGUCCUCCACUAUAUCAACCGCGCUAUUGUCUCUCCGUUCUUCGCUGCGCCUAGCAUGUCCCCUAUCCAUGCUUUCGUCGUGUUUUCUGCUGUCCUGUUCAACUGGUUCAAUUCUACUUGUCUUGCUGGUUGGAUUGUCGGAUAUCAGAUCCCGAUUGUUCUUCCGGCGUACACAUCUACCUCUGAACCUGCCGCUAUGCCAUCCUCUGCUCCUUCCUCGUCCUCCUCUUCUUCCUUGCUCAUCCCAUCCCUCGGUCUAUGUCUCUUCCUCCUCGGAAUGAUAGGCAACAUCUACGCCGAACGAACCCUCUUCCGACUCCGUCGCGAGGGAGCCGAAACCCGUCAGACGAAGAAGUCAUCCUCCUCGAAAUCCACCACCACCUCAACAACCAGCAGCUCCGACAGCAACAGCAACAGCAACAACAGCAACAAAUUCUCCAAAGUCUACGUCAUCCCCCCACCGACCGGCCUCUUCCGCUCCAUCCUCUACCCGCACUACGUCUGCGAAUGGCUCGAAUGGCUCGGUUUUGCUCUCAUCGGGACGGCCGUGCUCCCUAUCCCUUCUUCUUCUUCCUUUACUUCAUCUUCUGCCCUUGGGAAUGCGGCGGCUGCGUCUUCAUCUUCGCCUAUCGUUCUAGCACCAUGGAUCGUGCCGUUUGCUCUAGGAGCGGAAACAAUGGGCCUGAGACUGCCGCUGCCGGCUGUGCUGUUCUUUGUGAAUGCGGUGGCUAAUAUGUUGCCGCAUGCGCGUUGGGGCAGGAAAUGGUAUGUGGAGCGGUUUGGGGCGCAGAAGAUUGCUGGGAGGGGUGCUGUGGUGCCGUUUUGUGAAUGCUUGUGA